AUGAGAUCCAUAUCCAGUGUUGAGCACGCUGCCUUACCUGUACCCCACGCUCUUUUCUCAGAUGAACCGCCACCAAAUAGCGGUCUUACAGCCUGGCUACAGGUUCUAGCUGGCCAUCUCGUCGUCUUCAAUGCCUGGGGCUAUGCCAAUAGUUUUGGGAUAUUUCAGAGUUACUAUGCUUCAUCGCUAAAUCUUCCCGCCUCAACCAUUUCCUGGAUCGGUAGCACUCAAGUCUUCCUGAUCUUCCUGAUCGGAGCGGUUUCGGGGCGCGCCUUCGACACUGGGUAUCUGUCAAGAUUCGGCAACGGCCUCACGUUUUGCCCGACGAUUGCAUUGAUUUCAACUUAUUUCACGACUAAACGUACCAUUGCUAUAUCGACCGCUGCGAGUGGUGCGGCAACGGGAGGAAUUAUAUUCCCCAUGAUUGCAGAGCAAUUGCUACCUCACCUUAGCUUUCCCUGGACAAUACGCAUUAUGGGUUUCGUGGUGCUGCUGAAUGUAGCGGUAGUACUGUCUAUUGUUAAGGCGCGACACCUACCUCGCAAAAGUAGGCAGCUAAUCGAGCUAGCAGCUUUUAAGGAGUUACCUUAUUUGCUCUUUACGAUCAGCAUGUUCUUUACUCUUUGGGCAACUUAUUUUGCGUAUUACUAUGUACGUUCAUAUGCUCUCGAUAAGCUUCAUGUAUCAGAGGCUUCCUCGUAUAAUAUUCUUCUUAUUGUCAAUGCUAUUGGGAUUCCGGGUCGCAUUGUUCCAGCCUUACUCGCAGAUCACUGCUCUAGUGCGAUAACAGUCCUUAUUCCUAUUAUAUUCUUUGCUGCUCUUUGUCUCUAUAUGUGGAUGCUUGUGCUUUCGUUUGCGCAUGAGAUAGUUUGGGUCGUCUUCUUUGGAUUCUUCGGCGCGGGUAUUCAAGGCUUAAUUCCGUCAACAUUGGCCAGUCUGACAAAAGACCUGACUAAAAGUGGUACCAGAAUCGGCAUGGUAUUUACCAUCAUCAGUAUACCGUGUCUCACGGGACCACCUUUAGCAGGUAAAUUGAUUCAAGUAUGUAACGGUAGCUACUUGGGUGCGCAAGUCUGGGGGGGUUCUUGUCUGCUUUUAGGAGGCAGUCUCCUAGUCGCGGCUCGAAUGGGGCUUUCAGGCUCCCGAAUAAGCCUAUGUUGUUAA